AUGGCUCUGACUCCAAGUAAUAAUAAUAAAGCUUUAGUUCUUCAAACUCCAUCUGUCGAGACUACUAUAAAACCCAAGCAAGAAGUUUUGGACGAAGACACCUAUACGGAGGCAUUGAGUGGAAUAAUCAAGCGUGAUUUUUUUCCUUCUCUCUUGACUCUCGAAGCGCAACAUGAUUACGUAGACGCUUUGGGUACAAACAAUCCUGAUCUAAUUAUCGAAGCCACUCGUAAACUUAACGGGCUAACUACACCAACUAUGAAGACACCGGUUACUUCGGGAUCACGCGGAGAUUGGGAUACUCCUGUGUCGAACGUAUUUAAAGUUCCUGCUCCUAAGAAGUAUAAUGAAAACCUAUCACUGGACGCAUUUCAAGCAAAGUAUACAAGCGAAGAUAAUGCCUCAUAUCCUUAA